ACAUCAAACCCGACCCGAAAAAAAUCUUUACACUAUAAAAGCAGGGGAAGGUCCCUUCUUUCCAUUAAGACGUUUUCUUCCCCAAAUCCCCUAAUCAUAUUCUCUCAUACGGAACCCUAACGACCAAAAUUCUCGUUCAAUUAACAGAUCCACAAGGAUUUAGUAGAGAUGUCGUUUGAUUUGGUGCUGAAUCCGUCGUGUGACGGUUGCAGAUCGACGGUGGAGUUGUAUGGUAGCAAUUGUAAACACAUGACGCUUUGUGUGGCUUGUGGCAAGACCAUGGCUGAGCGCAAGGACCGGUGCCGUGAUUGUGGCGCCACCAUCACUCGUUUAAUUAGGGAAUACAAUGUGCGUGCAAGUGCAGCCAGCGAUAAGAAUUACUUCAUAGGAAGGUUUGUGACUGGUUUACCAAGUUUCUCAAAGAAGAAAAAUGACAACAAGUGGUCUCUCCAGAAAGAAGGAUUACAGGGACGUCAAGUCAGCGACACCCUACGGGAGAAAUACAAGAACAAACCUUGGCUUUUGGAAGAUGAAACUGGGCAAUUUCAGUAUCAGGGUGUACUCGAGGGUGCACAAACGGCAACAUACUACCUUCUCAUGCUGCAGGGGAAGGAGUUUGUUGCGAUCCCUGCUGGUUCAUGGUACAACUUCAACAAAGUUGCACAGUAUAAGCAGCUUACGCUUGAGGAAGCAGAAGAAAAGAUUAAAAACAGAAGGAAAACUGCCGAUGGUUAUCAGAGAUGGAUGAUGAAAGCAGCAAACGGCGGAGCUGCUGCUUUUGGUGAAGUUGAAAGGUUUGAUGACAAGGAAAGCGGUGGAGCGGGUGGGAGAGGGGGGCGUAAAAAGAAUAACGCCGAUGAUGACGAGGCAAACGUGUCAGACCGGGGAGAAGAAGAUGAAGACGAGGAGUCUGCUAGGAAAACGAGACUUGGACUUAAUAAGAGAGGUGGCGAUGAUGAUGAGGAAGGUCCUAGAGGCGGUGAUCUUGAUGGUGAUGAUGAUGACAUUGAGAAGGGUGAUGACUGGGAGCAUGAGGAAAUUUUCACAGAUGACGAUGAAGGUGUGGCCAACGAUCCCGAGGAACGGGAAGAUUUGGCCCCUGAAAUCCCUGCUCCUCCAGAAAUCAAGCAGGAUGACGAAGAUGAGGAGGAUAAUGAAGAAGAGGAAGGAGGACUGAGCCAAUCUGGAAAAGAGUUGAAGAAGCUGCUCGGGAAAAAUAGUGGGGCCAAUGAAUCCGAGCCAGAGCAAGAGGAUGAUGACGAUGACGACGAUGAUAUUGAAGACGAAAGUUCCCCUGUUCUUGCACCAAAGGCUAAUAAUAACGGGGGUCCAUCAAAGCGUAAUAACAACCCUCUUAAAGAGGAACCCGUCGACAAUAGCCCCUCAAAGCCAGCAGCUGCUACAACAUCAGCUCGGGGAACCCCAUCUUCAAACAAGUCGGCUAAGGGAAAGCGAAAAAGCACUGAAGAGAACAAACCGUCAAAUGGUGCCGCCACAGCUUCAAAGAAAGUCAAAACCGAAAAUGACGUGAAACAUGUAAAGGAGGAGCCUGCAAAGGCCGGUAAAGGUUCUUCUUCUAAACCAGCAGGUGCAGGUGCCUCAUCUGCUACCGGACCUGUCACGGAAGAAGAAAUUUCGGCGGUUCUGCUGCACAACGCACCUGUCACCACACAGGAUCUUGUUGCUAAGUUUAAAUCCCGCUUACGCACCAAAGAGGACAAAAAUGCGUUUGCAGAAAUUCUGAGAAGGAUUUCCAAGAUACAGAAGACCAACGGUGCCAACUAUGUGGUGCUGAGAGACCGAUGAGGUGCUGAGAGAAACGGGCCCCGGCCCUUUACCCGACCCAACUGUUUUAUAUACAUGGAUACUUUACUUGACGUCAACUGGAUUCCUUUCCCUUUCCUUUGCAGAUGACUUUUGGUAGAUGUUGCUUGUGCUUCAUUGUCAUUUGAAUCUGCACAUGUUAAUCAUAUUUUGAAAUAACUUUCAACACAGAAGCUUGUUUAAGAUUUAUGUAUUAUGAGUCCUGUUUACUAUAAUGAUUUGUUUUCUAUUAAUAAGUAUAACAAUCAGGCUGCUUUUAAUCCUAGAUUGAAAUCAUUUUUAGCCAA